AUGAAGGCUAAGCACCUAUUAAAAGCCAUUACUCAGCUUAGAACUCUUUGUCUCAUACUCGAUACAAUCAUCAAUGGAGAUCACUACAGUGAAAGUGGAAAACAGUCGCUCAUACAAUAUAACCUUCGGACUACAAUAUGUGGUCGCCUAAGAAACAAUAACAAGGUAACAAUCGUGAAACAUGAAAAUGACGACGGCGAGUUUAUAACAUGUAUAGGCAUAAAACGUGCAACAUCAUCGUCUUCACAUGAAAAGGUGAAAGGAAAAGUGAAAUACGAACAAAAGGAAGAACCUUCUAUCAAUAGAAAACAUUCUCGUCAUGAAGAAGUAGAAGUGAUCGGAUGGCAAAGUCAUGCACAAUUGAUACAAUUCAGACGAAUGACUGAACGUAUAGCCGAUGAUUACCUCAGAGAACUAGGUCGUACACUCGUACCCGGGGUUACAGGAGAAAGAGCAACUGUCCACGAUCACUCAAUGCAUAAAAUUGGACAAAAAGAAGCACGCAAUGUCGACCUCGAGCGUCGUAGAUUGGAAGCUGCAUAGAGCCUCGAAUUCGUCUUUCCAUUUUCACUUUCGCCUCCUCAAUAACAAACCUUUGUAUAAACGAAUCUUUUCGUUUCAUCUCUGUGUCUGCUUUAAGGACACACAAAGGGAUCCUACUCUUCCAUACCCAUAUCACCGGUCUACUGCCUACAUGAUUCUCAAGCAGUAUCAUACCC